AUGGAGAAAAGUCACCUGGGUGCUUCUCAUGACGAGCUCAAUUUUGCUCCAUCUGAUGUGGGUACCGAGAUUUCCAUGAGACCUCUGAUUGUAUUGACAAAUGCUAGCUGGAACUCUGCAGUGUUCAUGGCCGUUCCUGUCAGCAUCUACACCGUCGGAGUCGUAACAAGUGACUUUGCAAUUGACACCCAACCAUGGGAUUUCACUACCGUGGAAAGUGAAGAGACCUGGAAACACGAUCUUGGCUUGAAUCUUCAAAUGAUACGGGAUAAUUAUACUCGAGUAGAUCGACUCGAUCGGCAUGACUGCAUCCAACGCUACGUCAACAGCCGAUCUGGAGUCAACGAUGUCAUUCUUGUGUCGUCCAACACGACCAUGGCAGACGGGCGAUCAACCAUGCAUCGCAAUUCAACCAACGAGAACACCUCGCUCCUGGAUAUAUUUGUGACACUAAGCUAUGCCUCUUGGCCGCUGUUCAACGUAUGGAUUUGCGACGACAGAUUGAACUUGCAAUACACGACAAGCACUUGUACAUGGAAGACGGCGCAACCUCAUGUCCAUUACUGGAAUUGGAUCAGCACCCCAGUAUCGUCUGUAGAUACAACUAACCAGUAUCAUUACGAAAUUGAUUACUGCCUCAGUCUAGGCGACGACAGCUCCGAAAUGGAUGACAAAUGCGCAUUGCGAUUUUAUUUACCCUGA